GCAUUCUGGGCAGUGUGCUUUUGGCAGCUUGUUAGUACUGUUACCCCCAUCCCAUUUCUUUGGCUUUUCCUCCGAUUUGGGGCUAGCUGAACUGCAUUCAGUUUUGUUUCUGAGUAACUUUGGGUCUGUGAAUAUAUUGGCCAUUGCCCAUUUACAGCCCUACUCUCUUUAGAUUUUAUCAUCUCAUCACAUGUCACCACAGCAGGAAGUAGCAAGAGGCAGGGUGGUGUUUACCUAUGAAGAGUACCCAGCACAGUUUCCAUUUUUUAAGGUGGUUGGCUGUUUUGAGGUGAAGCUAUUCGUUGUGAUUGGGGAUCCUGUCAAAAUAAUACGAUGAAAUAUCUUUAAAAGAGUUGUGACACUCUGCCACAGUCUCUGAUCAGUUUUUACAUAUGUGUGUAUCAGGAUUUACAGUCUCCUCCCUGAAGCACUCAUCUUUUAAGGUCUUGCUGCUUAAACUGCAGUGAACGGAAAAUCGGGGAGGAGUCUAGCCAGCACAGUCAGGAAAUGGUUAACAGCCAUUCAUAUCACCUGGAAAAGCAAUUCUUUGAUUUGUCAGAGGGGGCUAACAUGCUGCAACUCAUAGGAAACAAAGGAAAGGGAAGCAAUAUUAAACGUGAGCCUAGAUCUUCAUUUCAGUGACAGAACUGAGGAGUGAGGCUGGACUUUGAUGUGUGCUGCAAAAUGUGGAAUUUGGGAUUGAAAGUAAUUUUUUUGUCCUAUCUCGGUUCAGAGAGGAAACAGGGAAAUAAAUCUGGUUCCAACUGGAGAACUUAGACUCACGAGAAGUUAUCUGAGAGGCUGUAGCAGGUAGGAAGAGGACUGUAGUCCAGUGAGGAGUGGUUGCUUGGGUCAGUUCUGGAAGUUCAGAGUGCUUAGCAAACCACUUUCCUCAGUGAACUUGGUGAAAGGACUAGGGGUAGAAGGUUUCAUUCCCCUGUUUCACUUUAGUUCCACUGGCAUCCAACAGUCAUCUCCUGUACCAGUGCUAACUGCAGUUGUCCUGAUAAAAUGUCCAUCAGGGGACUGAAGAAGAAGCAACCUAAGACUUUUAAAGUGAAAGUUAUAACAAUGGAUGCUGAAAUGGAGUUCAGCUGUGAGAUGAAGUGGAAGGGAAAGGACUUGUUCGACUUGGUGUGCCGAGCAUUAGGACUAAGGGAAACUUGGUUCUUUGGCUUGCAAUACACAAUAAAAGGAAUGUACACCUGGUUAAAGAUGGAUAAAAAGGUUUUGGAUCAAGAAAUCCCCAAAGAAGACCCUGUUAGCUUUCGUUUUUUGGCUAAAUUUUAUCCAGAGAAAGUGGAAGAGGAGCUAUUACAGGAAAUUACCCAGCACCUAUUCUUCUUGCAGGUUAAGAAACAGAUAUUGGAUGAAGAAAUCUAUUGCUCUCCAGAGGCUACAGUUUUAUUGGCUUCUUAUGCUGUGCAGGCUAAGUAUGGUGACUAUGACCCGAAUUUUCAUGAGCCAGGCUUUCUUGCCCAAGAAGAGCUGUUACCCAAAAGAGUCCUCAGGCAGUAUCAGAUGACAGCAGACAUGUGGGAAGAAAAGAUAUCGGCUUGGUAUGCAGAGCACAGGGGUAUUGCCAGGGAUGAAGCAAAGAUGAACUAUUUGAAAAUUGCUCAGGACUUGGAGAUGUAUGGUGUCAAUUACUUUCCUAUUGCUCAAAAUAAGAGCGACACAGAUCUCCUACUUGGAGUUGAUGCUAAAGGUAUUCACGUCUACAGCAUAAAUAACAGGUUUUCUCCAAAUAAGUCUUUUGAAUGGAGUGGUAUCAGAAACAUUUCCUAUAGUGAGAAAGAGCUCACUAUUAAACCUCUUGAUAAAAAAGCAGAAGUUUUCAAAUUCUUUUCCUCGCAGCUCAAAGUGAACAAACUGAUUUUACAGUUGUGCAUUGGAAACCAUGACUUGUUCAUGAGAAGGAGAAAAGUGGACUCCAUUGAGAUCCAGCAAAUGAAAGCUCAGGCCAGGGAGGAAAAGGCUAGAAAAAAAAUGGAGACUCAAAGGCUGGCCAGGGAGAAGCAGCUCAGAGAAGAAGCAGAGCAUGCCAAAGAAGAGCUGGAAAGGCGUCUCUUCCAGAUGGAAGAUGAAGCCAGGCAAGCCAACGAGGCACUGCUGCGGUCCCAGGAAACAGCAGAGCUGCUGGCGGAGAAAGCUCAGAUUGCAGAAGAAGAGGCCAAACUGCUGGCCCAGAAUGCUGCAGAAGCUGAGCAAGAACGGCAGAGGUUGGAGAUCACAGCACUGAAAACCAAGGAGGAGAAGCGUCUGAUGGAGCAGAAGAUGCGGGAGACAGAGCUGAUUGCAGUAAAACUAGUGAAAGAGUCAGAUCGAAGAGCCAAAGAAGCUGAACAUCUAAAACAGGAUCUGCAUGAAGCCAGGGAAGCUGAACGAAAAGCAAAGCAGAAACUUCUGGAUGUAACUAAGCUUAAUUUUCUUCAUGUGGCCCGAUAUCCUCAUCAUUCACCUGCUGACACCAGAGAUGUCAUCUGUGACAAAGGAUCUGUAAAGAUGGAUUUAAAAGAUGUAGAUCUGAAGAGACUGUCCUUUGAGAUAGAAAGAGAGAGGUUAGAUUACUUGGAAAAGAGCAAAAAAUUUGAAGAUCGAUUGAAAGAGCUGAAGUCAGAAAUCCAUGCGUUAAAACUAGGGGAAAAACAAACUGGGCUCUACUCUCACUGGAAUGAAGUUCUUGGAUCCUUGGAUUGUUCAACAGGAAAUGUUCCGUCAUGGAUGAAAACCUUUGGAGCUGGAGACUUGUUUGAUACAAAUCUUCGAAAGCCCUUCCCAGCUUAUCCAUUAAAUGCCACAAGCAGCUGGCCAUGUACUAACAAGAGUCAACAUACAGUGCCUGUGGAAAAGUCAACUUUUCAAACAAAUACCUUGGUUGCCAGCAAUGUGGGGACAGGAACUAGAAAACAGAUUAUAAAGGUUCAGCAGCAUGACUCGGACGUGAUCUACAUUUGAAGCAUCUCAGCGAUUCACUAAUGCUUUCAUCAAGAAGUGAAUAGGCAGAACUUGAAAGUAAUCUAUUUGGCUGCCACAAGUUACUUACACAAAACCACUGUAUACCUUUUAGCUACUCGAUGUCAGCAUCAAAACGUGUCCGGUAAUGAGAGUGUGGUGCUGCUCAGUGUCCAGAGAGGCAACAUAUGCCUGUAGCACUGAAAAUGACAAGCAUCUUUCGUGGUGGCAAACAUGAUGUAACUUGGCUCCUAUAUUAUUUCAUCUGUGCUUUGUGAGAAAACAGUGUAGGAUAACAGGCAUUUUAAAUGUAAAGUGCUUUUUAAACUACGGAGCACUACUGAAAUGCAGGACCCUUUAAAGCGAAGAGUAGUGUCAGUGGAACACAUUGUGAGAGGAGGAGAUAUUUGGGAAAACUGUUUUUAUAAGAAAAUGUACAGAACACACAUGACUAAGUCUUAGCAGCUGGUGUGACACUUCUAAAGCCUGUUUCAGCAUAGGUGUUAGUCCACAGAACAUUUUUCACUUCUUAUCCCUAAACAUAACAGACUGUCCCCAUACUGGACUUGUAUUUCUAUUAGAGAAAGUUUAGCUCUUAAUUCUAAAUUUAGGAUUGGACAGGCUUUUUUGUAGGUCUUAAUACAUCUAUUACUUUGAUGUCUCAUGGAGAUGCGAAUGUAUCGUAGUGGGGAAGUGCAAGACUUUUGUUUCUAUAUAGUUUUUGUGAUCAUGUGGAAUAACUUUGUUGCUGCAACCUGUAGAAGACUGCAUAACUUACUGUCUCAGAGAAAUCUAAGUACUAGAGACAAAGGACACCUAACCCGGUAUCUGCUAAAGAGGGACUCGUCUCUCAUGAAGACUAACCCUGGUAUCCACCACCCAGCAUCUACUUUAUCAGUAGGACCAAUUUGUGCUUGAAGAUGUUGUGCAUUAAAUGUAUAUUUAACUGAGAUCUUCAUAUAGAUUUCUGUGGAAGUAAACAAUACAAAAUUGUAGCUAAAAUAGAUUGAACAUGCAGGACUCAGUAAAAAUGGAUGUUAAUAUUCAUAAACAUCUAGUCCUAAGUUAAAAAUCUAAAGUAUAUUGAAUAAAGCCUCAAUCCCUUCUGUCAGCUUUAAGUGUGUGUAUAUAUUGCUUGGAUUUAGCUUUAAAGGUAGAGCAUAAAAUACUGAAAGUUUUUCAGCUCUGAGCACUGACAAUGUAAGUGUAGUACAUAUGCUCCUUUAAAAGUCUUCAUCUCUACUUCUUCACUUAACUUGCUUAUCCUCUAACAGUAAAAUAAUUAUAAACUUCUACAUGUAUCUUCUUGAAAUGUGAAUUGUAUCCAUAUACAGGAAAACAAUGUGCAAGGAAGUACAGGUGUUAGUUAAAGCAGAGCUGAAAAUCAGCACAUGGGCGAGUCAGCAACUUCAAUAAGGUUUAUUUUGAUACUUGUCAACCAUUCCUCCUGACCCAUAAAUACUAAACAAACCAACUGUACAUAAAUUACAAAAAAAUCGAAAACGAACUCCCUCUACUCAGGAAAAACCUGAAAAAUUCACCCAAAUCCUAGAGAAGGCUUUACAGGGAGAUAAACUCCCCACCCCCAGGAAGUUUGUGAACUGGAUUCUGCUAAAUUAUUGCAACUCAUCUUUCUCCUGUUAGUUUCUGAAGAGCAAACUUGGGAGCUAAGUUUUAUCGCUAAAGAAAAACCGCUCUAAUCAUUAUGGAUGUAGUGAUAGCUGAAGCUACAGGCAACCGAAAACACUAGGUGAGACGAAUGAAUUGCUCAGUUAAUCUCAAUGGGAUAUUAAUACUGAUAAGUAUCUUUGGUGCUCAACCAUCUCAAAGAUGAGCAUAAUCAAUGGCUUAUCAACAGGGGAAAUUUGCCAGCUUAACUGUACCAGUAUAGUUUGUGUAUAGCCACUAAGUCUAGUGUAUGUCCACAUACGACAACAUGGUAGCAAAAAAUCACACAGGUAAUUUCAAUUUUCAAAAUGCUUAAUGACUAAGGAACCCAUAUCCUAUUGACUAGUAAUGAGACUUAAACUCCAGUGUAACUUAAGUACUUCUAAAUUUCUUAUUGGUCUCCCCUGCAAUCUGACCUAUGAACAAGCUCAGGCUGUCAGACUAAAGGGGAGGUAAAUUCCUGAGAGGGGGACAGAGGGGCUUUGCUAGGUACUUGUGUUAGCAAUAUGUUUGUUGUAGUUAUAAAUUAAGACCAUCUUCACAGAAACUGUAUGCAUCAAAUCAGAGGACAGCUGACAACUUUGUCACAAAAUACAUAUGCCACUUCCCUCUAAGAGUCAGCAAGUGGCCACUGUACUUGCUCAUCCCCUAAAACUAAGAAACAGAAAUGGGACCAAACAACUAAUGCAUGUUUUGCUGCAUCAUACUACUGUCACAGUUGUUUAAUGCCAGGGGCUCCAUUUAAACUCCAUGUUUAUCCUUGAACUAUCCAUGGUUGGGUAGGUCCAGUUAGUAUCAUUUACUCUUUCCCCUCUAUUUUGUAUUUUCUCUCAGGAAGUAAGAAUACAUCUCUUGGAGUUGCUUAGCUGUAUUAUUCAUA